GCACCAACUUCUCGUCUCCCUUUCUUUUUCCUUUUUUUUAUGAAUUGCCCUUUAAAACUAAACCAAAUCCCCUUUCAUCAAAUGCUCACAAUCUUUAUAGAGUUCAGUUAGUUUACUAGCUUUUCUUUUCUCAUUUUUAUCUUAAGCCCCCUUUUCUUUUCAUCUUGUUUUAGAUAGCUUUUAGCUCAAGUUUCAAGCCAACCAUUUCUUUAACUACAAAACCAAGUUUUAGUUUUGUUUCUUUUUUGUUCCUAAAUCUCUUACCUACACAAUUCUAUAAUGGGUUCUUUCUCCCUCUCUUCUCUUCCUCCUCCUUCACUUCUUCUUCGAACAAAUAAAGUUGUCAAGAUAUCUUCGGGUGGUCACCGUUGGCCUAGGAGGAGGAAAAGUUGCACUACUACUAGUUUUGUGUUCUGUCAAGGUGGCGGAGGAAAGACGAUCAGGUCUGGUAUUGGUUCAGUUUUUGGUGGGAGAAAAUCUGCAUGGGUUACUCCUACUACUGCUACUAAUCAGGAACAACAAAGCUCAUCAGCAUUUGUGAUGGAUGCGAGCAGCUUGGUUUUGGCUGCAAAUGGACAACCAGAGAUUGCUGUGAAAGAUUUGGUGCCUUAUAGUGGCCCAACAAGUUCUAGUCUCGUGGAAACCCAUGAUGGUAUUGGGAUUGUGAGGUAUCUGAGAGGGAAAGGGUUCUUCAUUACUGGUGCAACCGGGUUUCUGGCCAAAGUCCUCAUUGAAAAGAUAAUUAGGACAAUGCCUGAUGUGGGGAAGAUAUAUCUGUUGAUCAAGGCCAAAAACAAGGAUGCAGCAAUGGCGAGAUUGAAAACUGAAAUACUAAAUGCAGAACUGUUCAAGACUCUACGUCAAACGUAUGGAAAAUCAUUUCAGACUUUCAUGUUGAGCAAACUAGUUCCAGUUGUUGGUGAUGUCUGCGAAUCUAAUCUCGGUUUGGAACAAGAAUUAGCAGACUUGAUUGCUGAUGAUGUCGAUAUCAUAGUGAAUUCAGCAGCAAAUACAACUUUCGACGAAAGAUAUGAUAUCGCAAUUGACAUCAACACAAGGGGACCUUCAAACCUCAUGAGUUUCGCAAAGAGCUGCCAAAACCUCAAGCUCUUCUUACAAGUAUCAACAGCAUAUGUUAACGGGCAUAGACAAGGAAGAAUCAUGGAGAGAGCAUUCGACAUGGGGGACUGCAUAGCUAGGGAGAACAACAACAGUCUUGUCUAUGAAGCUGCAUCACGGUUCACAUUGGACAUUGAAGAUGAAGUUAAGUUGGUUAUUGACUCCAAGGAAGCAUUUCACCCGAAUGAAAUGGCGAUCAAGAUGAGAGAACUUGGGUUGGAAAGGGCAAAGAAAUACGGUUGGCAAGAUACCUAUGUGUUCACAAAAGCCAUGGGAGAAAUGGUGAUAGACAACAUGAGAGGCGAGGUUCCUGUCGUCAUUCUCAGACCAAGUGUAAUUGAGAGUACCUAUAAGGAGCCAUUCCCUGGUUGGAUGGAAGGCAAUAGGAUGAUGGAUCCAAUAGUUUUGUACUAUGGGAAAGGGCAGCUCACAGGAUUCUUAGUAGACCCAAACGGAGUUCUUGACGUGGUGCCAGCAGAUAUGGUGGUGAAUGCGACAUUGGCAGCAAUAGCCAAGCAUGGUAUGGAGAAGAAACCCGAGAUAAAUGUCUACCAAAUCGCCUCAUCAGUAGUGAACCCGCUUAUCUUCAAGGACCUGGCCACACUUCUCUACGAACACUACAACUCGUCCCCCUACAUGGACUCUAAUGGCAUGCCAAUCACUGUUCCGUUGAUGAAACUCUUUAGCUCCAUGGACGACUUCUCUGACCACCUGUGGAGGGACGUGAUCCAGCGAAAUGGGCUGACUGCGAUCACCUCGUCGGAUGGGAAGCUAUCCCAGAAGCACGAAUUCAUCUGCAGAAAGUCAGUGGAACAGGUCAAGUACCUGGCCAACAUCUAUGAGCCAUACACGUUCUACGGUGGAAGAUUCGACAACAGCAACGGGGAAAGGCUAAUGGAGGUGAUGUCUGAGAGUGAGAAGAGGCGAUUCGGCUUUGAUGUUGGGAGCAUAGAUUGGAGAGAGUACAUUACUAAUGUUCAUGUGCCUGGGUUGAGGAGACAUGUUAUGAAGGGAAGAGGAACCAGCAGCAGCUAAUAGCCACCAAAGAAAGUAGAGGAAAUUAUAUGUUAAAUGCUGUAAUAAAUAUAAAAAGGAAAAGCCCUCUGCUUUGUUAUCUUUGUUUGCUUUUUUCUGUACUGCCUAGUUUGUGCUUGUCUCUCUAACAUGUUCAUGAGAAGGAAAGGAAGAAAGAAAGAAGAAGCUUAUAGUUGUAAAUGGAGGGCAUGAAAAGUUGUGACCCUUCAUCGUUCAAAUUCUAUUGUAUGUGUGUAUGUACCUAAUUGAAGUUGAGUUUCUGUGGUCAACAUAAGACUAGUUUGUUCUUGAUAAUCAC